CGGAUCGCGAGCGAAUCGACCGACGAAUCAGUGAACCGAGUGAAUUAUCCCGUGAAUUAUUAUUUUUUGUGCCUACAGUGUUCGAUACCCUGUUGUGAUAGCCGAAAGGUUUUUUUAUUCUGUUUGAUCGAUCGUUGCCCACUGGCAAACGAUAACAGAUCGAUUAAGAGGACCUGGUGUUUCGAGCGUGUUUUAAGUGGAACUGUGCAGAAGAAUGCGGUAGGAUGCGUAUCCAAGAAAGAUGUUUUCUGUACGCGGUCGUAGGACUUUGUCAAGUCGUCCUCAUCUCGUCCGCAGUCGACGUCGAGCCAAGGAUACAAACCACCAUCGGUACCAUCGUUGACGAGGUGCCAGGUGUUCAACCCCUCCUCGGUGAAGCGAAGAAUGAGACCAACGAACGGAAGUCCGAGUACCCGACUAAGGAUCAAGACUCGAAGACUACGGUAGAGCCAAAGAAGAAACCGGUGGACUUUAAGAUCAAAACCGAUCAGAAGUACCAGAAAAUCAUCAAGGACGAUGAUUCGAAGCGUGGAGAAGCGAGUGACCCGACAGCGACGACCUCGAUGUCGUCAAAAGCAGAAGAAACCACCGUGAGGUCGAUGGACGCGGCUGCGGUCACGGUUCCCUUUCUAUUUCAUGGAGAGCCUAUCGUUACUCCGUCGAACGAAACGAUUCUAAGGGAACUGUCGAUGAUGACUAGCUCUCCGUCGACGUUGGGUGCUACUAGUAGCGCGAAAGAAGCUCGUAUGAUGGAAGAAACUACACAGUUUAGGGGUAGAGCGUUAAAUAUCUCGGCGCCGGAGCCAACCAACUCUCUGCACUCGAAUAUUACUGACCUGAGUGACGUUAGCAUGGACGAUGAUGAUAAAGAAGUCGAAGGUGGCGAAUAUGUAGCAUCUCAUAACGAAAGCGCCGUAAACAUCUCCUCGACCUUGCUCCCCAUGGCGACAGUGUGCAUGGAAGGAAACCAUACCUAUUCCAUUGGUGAGAAGAUCCUGAGAGGCUGCGAUGAGAAAUGUAUAUGUGGCGAGGGUGGUAUAAUAAUGGAUUGCAAGCCACUUUGCUCCUCGCCAUACGUCAGGGCCAACAGAGGAAUCGAGGACCCAUUGUGCCAGGAGAAAUUGGUCACCGAAGAACCAUGCUGCGCGAUUUUAGUCUGUGCUGCUGAUUCAGCACCUGAACCAGAGGAGACCUGCGUUUUUGGGAACAAGACAGUGAUGAGAGGUCAACGAGUAGAGGAUGGCUGUUCCAGAGUGUGCAUCUGUGAAGCUGGAGGUAACCUUAAGUGUCAAGCAAGAUGUCCACCAAAUGACACGACCUCUGCAACCAAUCAGCACGACCGUUGCGUUGUUCUCACUGAUCCAAGGGACUCCUGUUGCACGAUCACCCUCUGCGACGUCACUCUAGGUGACCAUGAGAUCAGACCAGAAGUUUCCAGCGCCCUGACCGUGAAUCUCACUGAUGUCAAGGUCCUAAACUCCACAGCAAUCAAAUUAAAAUUAUCCGCAAAGAAUCCUCAAGAUGUCACCGUCGAAAUAUCUGACAAUAAUCACGUGUGGAGGCAGCAGAAACCCGACAAAGAGGGUAUCUUGUCGAAUCUGGAACCCGCCCAUUCGUACUACGUGCGGGUGAUCGAGGGAAGUCGAACUGGCCCGGCUCUGCAGGUCUUCCUUCCCGCGGAAGUGAUCAAGACGAACAUCUCUGACAAGAUGACGGACAAGAGUUCCUGCAGUCACAUGGGGAAAACGUACAAGGUGGGAGCUGAAUGGUACGACGAAUGCAUUUCAUUCUGCACCUGCGUAGAGGGAGGGAAAACAGAAUGCCUGACCAUCGAGUGUCCCACGGAUUUUGGAUUGGACGUAUUGGAUCCCCACUGCUUGGACUGGGAGACUGUUCCUCCGAAUUUCGUUCCUAAACCUCCGCACUGCUGUCCUCAGGAAGUGCGGUGUAGAAAUAAUGGAUCCUGCAAUUACGAGGGCAACAUGUACGAUAACUGGAGCGAGUUACCAACGAACGUGACCGGAUGCGAGAAGCGUUGUUACUGCGAGAUGGGGAACGUGUCUUGUCAGGCUGCGUGUCCACCGGUCCCAGCUUUGCCACCUGCGACUCUGCCUUGUCCCUCGUAUCAGGCUGCCUUAAUGCAUCUACCUAACGACGAGUGUUGUCUCGAGUGGAGUUGCAGUCAUUCCGGUCAGCUCCCAGGAACGAACGCGACGCCCGCGUUCCCCGGCCCCUUAGCCACAGAAACGUUCAAUCGAGACCCGGUUGACGAUAGAAAAAGACCGACUAACAACUCGGGAUCGACCGGACCCAGCCAGCAACCGGCACGUGGGACUUCGAAAGACGUUGUUAACGCGAACACAGACACCACCACCACCCACGGACUCUUCCAUUACCCCAUGGACCCUGGACACCCCACGGUACCGUACAACGGACCGUACAGUCCCGACUACAAACCCACGCAUCCCACCGUGGAGGAUGUCUUCCAUUUGUCCCCUCACACGGAAAAGCCUCCGAUCGUUCCUAAAGAAAAGACCGAAAAGUCUAAGUCAAAAGCGGACGCCAAGAAACCAGUCGAACCUAUCGCGAAACCGCACAAAGACGACUACUUCCCUGGACCUUUGGCACCUGAUAAAUUCCCCGACAAGACUAUCAUCCCUGUGAACUCGAACGAGAACCAACCCUACAUACCAGGUCCCUUGAAUCCCAACAAACUGCCACCUACCCAGAAAGUCAGUCACCCAACCGCAGAUCAUCCGCAGUUCGUUCCCCUGAGUCCACAUCACGAUGGACCACCGUCAGGAUUCGCGAGCGUUCCUCAAAACGGUUUUAACGUCCAGCUGGACAACUCCGCGACCGGUCCCGCCUACGUCCCUCCGAUGCUAGGCUCGGACAGCGUCGACCCCAACGUGAUUGUCCCCGUGAAUCCUAAAAAGAAAGCUCCCCCUGGCGACUCGUUCGACGUGGACAAAGGUAAACACUCGGGAUUGAACGUUAGACCGAAGCAAGGCCAACGAAAUCCUGAUCAGGAGAUCCUUCCCGAAGAGCUCUAUCAUCUGAUCAAUCUUCAACAUCCAGGAUUGGUACAACUGGAGCAUAAUCCGCCCGAAGGCCAUCCAGGCUUGUACGAUAUCCAUCAACAGAUAUCCGGUCAGAAACACUCGCCCAACAAUCAGAUACAGCCAGGGUACUUUGGACCGUCCGCUACCGGACCGAAGAAGCCUUUGAAGCCUCCUCACGUUUACACGCAAAAGAACGAAAACGGCCAGACGACGUAUCACAUUCACACGCCAGACAUACCGAACACGCCACAGCAGAUCGAGGAACUGUUAGCACACAUCGGCCAACACGAUCCUAAUCCUGGACCGUUCCAACAUUAUCCCGGCCAACCGGCCAUACCUCAUAACGUGCCACCGGCUGGUUCCACCGCCACUCUGCCUCUUCACAUUGACGCUCACAUACCGCAUUCAGGACUCACGCACUUGAACCAUCCGUUCGCAGCACAAACGCCCAACCAGUCAGGCAUGGAGCAUAACGUGCCAUCAGGCUUCCCCUUGCCUGCUACCAUACCUGGAUUCCCCGCUGCCUCUUCUUCGGACGAGGUCACCGUGCAGAUUCUUGAAGCCCUUGACGAGCACACUGUUCGACUCGUCUUCACUGUGCCACAGGUUCUCGUUGGACUUCACGGUCGUGUUGAACUGCGAUACACCAAUGAUAAAACGAACUUCGACGUGUCCACCUGGAAAUCCCAAGUCUUCGCUCCUCCGAAUGACCUGAUCGCAACCCCACAGCUGGAGUUCGAAUUAGGCGACCUGAAACCAUCGACAGAAUACAAAGUGAAGAUCACUGUGAAGCUGAAAGACCUGGCCAACAGUCCUACCAGCAAGAUCUAUAGCGUAAGGACUCUGGAGAAGAGAGCCGAGGCAACUACCUUACCACCUCAGAUACCCGUCGACGCUGAGCUCCAGGCUACCGAGGUCAAUUCCACCUGGAUCAACGUGAUGUGGAGGAAGUUCACCGAAUACGAGUUGCAGUUCAUCGACGGCGUUCAGCUGAGAUACAAGGAACAGGAGAACAAGAUGUACGCUGGUACACCAUUGAUCCACAGAGCUGUUCGCAAUUACGUGAUCGAAAAUCUGAAACCGUCGACCACUUACGAGGUUGGCAUCUACUUCGUACCGUUCCCAGGCCAGUUGACGGAGUUGGUCAGUGAAAAAACGAUUCACGUGACCACUUCGAUGGAACCAGACCCAUACUCGUUCGACGUCAAGGUGGAAAUUAAAACUAUCAAAUCGACGGACGUGGAGGUGACGUGGAGCGGUGUACCUUAUCCGGAAGACAAGUACGUGAACAUCUACAGGGCAAUCUAUCAGAGCGACAGUGGCAAAGAGGACACGAGUACCUUUAAAAUUGCCAAAAGAGAUUCUCAUCCAAAGACCAUCAUCAGUGAUCUGAAACCAGGCACCAGGUACCGUCUUUGGCUGGAGGUUUACUUGACCAAUGGGAGGAUCAAGAAGAGCAAUGUCCAGGACUUUGUCACCAAGCCUGGUGUCCUUCUACCUGCAACAGUUUCCCAACAAGUUCCACUUGCAGCAGGAAAACUUGCAUCCCUACCCCUCCACGAAAGUGAUUAUUAUGGUCCCUUGGUGGUAGUGGCUAUCGUCGCAUCUCUAGCCAUCCUGUCGACCUUAAUUCUCUUGAUGAUGCUGAUGAAGAGGCGAACUAGCAGUAAGGCUGACAUUUCCUCCCGUAAAACCACGUCGGCGUACGACAAUCCUUCCUACAAGACCUGUGAGGAUCCUGUGAACGGUGUAUCCAAUGGGAGGAACAAGAACUCUGAUCACGAGAUGGCCACAAUAAACGUCAAAGAAACCGCCUGAGGUUCCAUAAUUUAUUGAAUUCUAUUUAUUUGUACGUUCGUUCAGUCCUUUCGUGUUUCUCGAUCGAUCAUCCAGAGGACUUGGUACCCGAAUGACGAAUGCCAGAAAGUGCCUGCGAUUAUAAAAAGAAACGAUAUGCAAUAGGAAUUUUGAAUCACGCAAUUCGUUGAACUUACGAUUUCGAUCAAUGAUAAUGUAAUUAAAACUUGUACAUAGCGUUAUCGUGCGACG